AUGGAAAUGGAUGUGAACAAGGAGAAGCGGAGAAGAAACUCGGAGCCCCAGACCGGGACCAAUGCUUGCUAUUUUAGUCCGGGUGUCAUUGAUAACAUUGGUUCUUUGAUGUUCGAGAUAAAGCACCAAGAGAACAAGCAGCAAGGUUACAGUGCUAAGUACAAAGAGAGGCUUCGUGUGGCCCAACUCUGCAGACGAUACUGUCAGGACAUUCUCAUCCAUCAUGAUCACCGUCUCUUCCCAGAACUCUUUGGCCUCGGCGGCAGCAGCAAGAUAACAAAAGGAACGUCAUCCUUUGGAAAGCGUCGCAACAAGACGCACAUGCUUUGCCGCCGCUGCGGCUCCAAGACCUACCACCUUCAGAAGUCGACCUGUGGCAAGUGUGGCUACCCAGCCAAGCGCAAGAGAAAGUAUAACUGGAAUGCCAAGGCUAAGAGACGAAACACUACCGGGACUGGGCAGAUGAGGCACCUGAAAAUUGUCUAUCGAAGAUUCAGACAUGGAUUCCGUGAAGGGACAACACCUAAACCUAAGAGGGCAGCUGUUGCAGCAUCCAGUUCAUCUUGAGGAAUUUCAGUCAGUCAUAAAAUAAAUGUUCUGGUUUCAAAAG